ACGACCACUGCACGUUCUGUUAUUCCGUCCGUUGACUAAGUGUGUCUCUUGUAGUAAUAAAGUAUUGUUAUUUGCCUGGGAAAGCAUUAUAAUUAAUGCCUAAAAUUUAUGGGUAACACUAACCAGAAGAAAUCUUGCGAAAUAACGCCAAAAUAUGCCAAAAAGUCUAAUAAAUCACAUGAGCAGUACUCAAGCGAGUUUAGCUUGUCAUCUUUUGUGAAGGACCUAAGUGGUAGAUCGUUUGUUAGUGCCACAAGCCAACAGUCUACAUAUAGUGUGUCAAGGCCUUGGUCAAGAGUAUCACGGCGCAGAUGGAAUAAUUCAACACUCACAGAUCCUCUUGAAGCUUCAAAGACUGCAUGGCCUGUGCCAUACAUAGAAGCUGCAUUUCUUCCAGAGUUUAAAAUCAAGGGUGAUGUUACUGAAAACAGCUUUGAGGUACUUGACAUUAUAUCAAGUGGAGCAUUUGGAAAAGUAUACUUAGCUUGUAAGAGAGAUACCAAUCAGAAAUAUGCUCUGAAAAUUCUCUCCAAAUCUCAGAUUUUGUCACAAAAUGCUGUUGAACAGGUGAAAGAUGAAGUUAGAAUCCAGUCAAUUUGUGGACACCACCCAUUUAUUGUAAACUGUCCAUAUUUCUGGCAGAAUCGAAAACGGCUGUUCAUUGUUACGGAUUAUAUUGCCGGUGGAGAAUUAUUACGGAUAUGUCAAGAUUAUGGACCCUUACCAGAAGAACUUGUGAGGGUGUAUGUUGCAGAAAUUGCUCUGGCUUUAGAUUUCCUUCACAAUGCUGGUAUUAUAUAUCGUGAUCUGAAGCUUGAAAAUCUGUUACUGGAUGAGGAAGGUCAUUUAAAGUUGAUAGACUUUGGACUAGCAAAAUGGCUGAAAUAUGGAUCUCGCACUACAACCAUUUGUGGCACUAUUCAGUACAUGGCUCCUGACAUAGUUAGUAUGGACCCCUAUGGUCAUGCUGUGGAUUGGUGGUCCCUGGGUGUGAUAAUGUGCUGUUUACUCACCGGAGAGCCUCGAAACUACGAAAAUAUUUACAUGUUAUCACCAACUGGUUCAAAAUUUGGAACUUCAAAAACAAUCCAGAUAAAACUUUCGGAGGGAACCUUGAUGGAUAACAGCGGCAGUGAGGAUGCGGCUGGCCGUGUGCAGGAAAUUCCUGCGGACCGGUGGCAGCGGGCAGGUGGCGUCCGCCGUCCGCCGUCCGGCAGGUAUCCCGGCGUGGCGUGGCGUGGCCCGGCCGGCCAGGCACGCAACAAGAAGACGACGGCCGCCGGCUCGGCCGGAGCGGGGCGCGCGCGCCUCUUGCAACACCGCAGCGCUGCCGGCGCCUGGAAUGCGCCCCCGGCCCUUUCUGCCCUUGAGCCUAUGUGGACACUGCUUCAAAAUCGUGGCCGCGGCCUCAGCACGUGA